AUGGGAUUCUUCAAAAAGGAUGUAACAAUCAAUGUCAAAGAUAAUAAAGAAUUGAAGCAGAUAAAGAGAAUUGCACAAAAUAAUUACGACUUUAAGAAAGAUUAUCAAGAUUUGAUAGCAAAUGAAUACGAUUCUGUAAGAAUACAUCAUAUAGAUAAUCCUGAGAUUUUAGAUCACUUAUUAAAUCCAGUGGUAUGCAGGAAGUAUGACAUAGAGACAGAAGCUGUGAAGUUGUACGGUGAAACAUUCCGCAUUAUACUCACAAGAUUCAGAAGGAGCCCAGACUAUUUGAAGAUAUUAAAUGACAAGACAAAUGAGUUACGUGAACAUUACAAUCACGUUACGUCCCAUAUCCUGUACCAUUACAUAGAGCAAAUGAAAAAGAAAUUAGAGGAUAAGUAUGAAAAAGGGAAGGUUAAAGAAAACAAUGACAUGGCAGCUGAUAAGUCAAAAUUAUUAUGCGAGGGUGCAAAUGAACAUGAAGAAGUUACAUACUCUCCAAUUGAACGUCUCGAUCGCUAUCACAAGUUGCAUAGUUCACUAUCAGUUCAGGAGAGAAAUUCACAUAUGGAUUUAGGUUUUCAAUACGCUGGACAUAUAAUUCAUGCGAUAAUAAAGAAUUUGGGUAGUGAUGAAGUCUCUGUACAGUCAACGAAGUUACCCUAUGGCGGUGAUUCACAUGAGAAUAAGAAGACAACUACAGAACAUGUGUCUGUACAUGAGGUUACAACGAAAUCUGAAGAAUUUCCAUUAGAUUCCCCACCUCAUUUGUAAGCUAUUCUUAUAUGAAUCGAGGUUUUAAAUAGCAAACGAAAUCUCCAGGGUUGCCAAAUAUUAUUUUAUUUUUAUACAUAUGUCAUAACAUUUUUCUCCAAAUCGAUAAAACUUCUUUUACUUUUACCCUAUCAUGAACUUCUGUGAGUAUUAACUAUGUUAUGUGCUAUAUAAUUAAUUUAUACACGGUUUACAAAAACUAAAAGAAAAAAAAAUAUUCAUAUUGUGCCACACCUAUUUUAUUCUUCUUCAAAACAUUCGACAACAAGUUAAUGUUAUGAAAAUAUCGCAAUGAUACAUAAUUUUUUAAGCAAAGUUACGGAAAAAUACCCUAUCUGGCAACACUGGAAGUUUCAUAUACAAUAUCAGGGUUAAUUUUUAUCGAGAUUAAUAUAUACUUAUAACAAAUUUUAUAUAUUUUUUGAUUUAAA